CUACUGGGGUGAUAGCCAUUUGUGUCCGCUUUGUCUCCGUCCUGCUAGCCUCCCGUUCCUUCUAACCUUCAUCAUGUCCGUAGACGCUGUCCCUCCUCUCGUGAAACUCGACCUCCCCCCACCUGAAGAGUACCUCAAGCGCAAGGUUGCCUUGAUCUCUGGUAUUACCGGUCAGGAUGGAUCAUACUUGACUGAGUUGCUUUUAGAGAAGGGGUACCAAGUCCAUGGCAUCAUCCGUCGUUCGUCUAGCUUCAACACGGGCCGCUUGCAGCAUUUGUACGAAGAUCAGCAUGAACGACCCAACAAGUUCAAACUCCAUUACGGUGAUCUCAGCGAUAGCACAAACCUUGUUUACAUCAUUGCACAAGUCCAGCCAACAGAAAUCUACAAUCUAGGUGCUCAAUCGCAUGUCAAAGUGUCAUUCGAAAUGGCCGAGUACACAGGCGAUGUUGACGGUUUGGGCACUCUUCGGCUCCUUGACGCUAUUCGUACCUGUGGAUUGGAAAAACAUGUCCGUUUCUACCAAGCAUCAACAUCCGAGCUUUACGGAAAAGUCGUUGAAACACCUCAGACAGAGAAGACCCCCUUCUACCCUCGUAGUCCAUAUGGAUGCGCAAAGCUUUACGCGUAUUGGAUCGUGGUCAACUACCGUGAGGCAUACGGAUUGUAUGCUUGCAAUGGUAUUCUUUUCAACCACGAGAGCCCUCGACGAGGACGAACGUUCGUAACGAGGAAGAUCUCUAGAGCAGUCGCAGAAAUAUCCGUUGGCAAGCAGUCUUGUUUGUAUCUCGGGAACCUGGAUGCUCAACGAGAUUGGGGACAUGCUCGCGAUUAUGUCGAGGGUAUGUGGCGAAUGCUUCAACAACCCACUCCCGAGGAUUUUGUCCUUGCGACUGGAGAGACUCACCCCGUCCGGGAAUAUGUUGAAAAGGCGUUCAAAUGUGUUGGCAUCCAAUUAGAGUGGUCUGGAGAAGGUGCAGGAGAACAAGCCAAAGAUGUCCAGAGUGGCAAAGUCGUUGUUAAGGUUGACCCCCGUUACUUCCGCCCUGCUGAAGUAGAGUGCGUAAUAAUCCUCGUGUUUGCCCGGUUUCAAUUGCGUCCUCUUUUUUUUUUCGGUGAACGUGGUCGUGACAGGCAUAAUUUGUAUAUUCGCAUAUGCCUCUGCGUCACCGGAAUAUCCUCUUUCCUUAUCACUCCGUUUUACCUACUAAUCGAAAAAUGUUUCUCCCCAUCAGCCUCCUUCUCGGUAACCCAGCAAAAGCUGAACGUGUCUUGGGUUGGAAACGCAAGGUCGAUUUUGACAGUCUCGUCAGAGAGAUGGUGGACGCCGACCUGCUUGCUGUUAAGAGUUUGGUGGAAGAUCAUAACUGAGCAGAAUACCGUUGGUGCUUACCACAACAAGUAAAAACUAAAAGACCCUUUAUGUAUAGGGAUUUUAUGUACAGGAAUGAAUUGAAAAUCAUGGAUU